GUGAGCGUUGGUCAACUUUGAUGUGCUCGCGUGGUGAGCAUCCACCAAUGGCAGCGCACAUGAAUGCUCAGAUGCAUCCGGAGUCACUCUCGCACCGCGAGCAUUCCUCGGAAAGUCUCCCCCGCGCGCGUCAUCGGCAUUCCUCCCCUGGCUUGAGCGAUAACGGGCUCCACUAGAAUCGCUAGAUGGCCUCUGCGGCUCUGGGACGCGUUCUGAACGUGGGCUAGUGGGGCAUGCCCGUCUGCUCGCCGCUUGCCGUCGCCGGAGGCAAGUUCACUGUGAAGUGACUCAAACCUUAGAUUGCUCGGCAUUGAAAAACCAUCGACGUCCUUUGACUGACGUCCUUUCUAUCUCUCAACCUUCCCCCUCAUACAGUCAAUAUGUGUGGUAUUUUCGCGUGCUACAGGCAUCCCGAUGUGCAAAAAUUCAAGCCGACUGCCCUGAAAUUGGGCAAGCAAAUCCGACAUCGGGGCCCGGAUUGGAGUGGCAACCACAUCGCCAACGACACAAUCCUCGUCCACGAGCGUCUCUCCAUUGUCGGUGUUGACUCUGGCGCCCAGCCGCUCGUCAACAAGGAGGGAACCGUCUCUCUGGCCGUCAACGGCGAGAUCUACAACCACCGCAUCCUCCGCAAGGGCCUCAAGCACCCCUACGAAUUCAAGACACACUCGGAUUGCGAGGUCAUCAUCCCUCUGUACCUCGAGCAUGGCAUCGAUGCGCCCCGACACCUCGAUGGCAUGUUCUCGUGGGUUCUUCAUGACAAGGAGAACGACCGACUCAUCGCUGCCCGUGACCCCAUCGGUGUCACCACAUUCUACAUGGGCAGGUCGAGCGAGACACCCAACGCCGUCUACUUCGCUUCUGAGCUGAAGUGCCUACACCCCGUCUGCGACGACAUCCAGGCUUUCCCUCCUGGCCAUGUCUACGACUCGAAAACCGACAAGCUCACCCGAUACUACGACCCCAAGUGGCUCGUUGAGCCCUCCAACAUCCCCACUAACCCUCUCGACUUGAAGGAGCUGAGGACAGCGUUGGAGCGAUCAGUGCGCAAGCGCAUGAUGGCCGAGGUGCCCUUCGGUGUGCUUCUCUCUGGUGGUCUUGACUCGAGUUUGGUUGCAUCGAUCGCACAGCGUGAGACGCAGCGCUUGAACGAGGAGACAAGAAAGCGCGCCGCUGAACACAAGGCCAACGCCAACGGCACAACGCCAGACCCCAGCGAACUUGUUGGUAUCGACGACAACGACCAGCUCCAGACAGAUCUGAUUCUGGGUCAACUCAACUCCUUCUCCAUCGGUCUCCCCAACGCACCCGAUGCAAUUGCUGCACGAGAAGUUGCUGACUUCCUCGGCACAAAGCACCACACAUUUACUUUCACCAUCGAGGAAGGUCUCGAUGCCCUUUCAGACGUCAUCUUCCACCUUGAGACCUUCGAUGUAACCACCAUCCGCGCCUCAACGCCCAUGUUCUUGCUCUCGCGCAAGAUCAAGGCUAUGGGUAUCAAGAUGGUCCUCUCUGGUGAGGGCUCAGACGAGAUCUUUGGCGGCUACCUCUACUUCCACAACGCGCCCGACAAGGCCGCCUUCCACGAGGAGUGCGUCCGCCGCGUCAAGAACCUGCACUUGGCCGACUGCCUGCGCGCCAACAAGUCCACAUCCGCCUGGGGCGUUGAGGCCCGUGUCCCCUUCCUGGACAGACAGUUCCUCAACACCGCCAUGAACAUCGACCCGGCCGAGAAGAUGAUCACAAAAGACCGCAUCGAGAAGUACAUCCUGCGCAAGGCGUUCGACACCUCCAACGAGCCCGACACACCCGCCUACCUCCCCCAUAAGAUUCUGUACCGCCAGAAGGAGCAGUUCUCCGACGGUGUGGGAUACGGAUGGAUCGAUGCGCUCAAGGACAAUGCUGAGCUGCACGUUACUGAUGAGCAGAUGAAGAACCCCAAGCCUGAGUGGGGCAACGACAUUCCUGACACAAAGGAGGCGUACUGGUACCGCUGCAUGUUCGACGAGCACUUCCCUCCCAGCUGUGCGAGCACCGUCAUGCGCUGGACACCGACAUGGAGCAAGCAGACAGAUCCCUCUGGACGUGCCAUUGGUGUCCACGAGCAGAAGUACAAGAACGCCGAGUGAGCGUGUACGAGCCACGAGGCAUAUACCUAGCCCCCGCUUCCUUCGACUUCGUUUCGGGUUUCUUGGUUCCGGAGGUCUUUGGCGCUCAUAGAUCGCUUAGACACGUUUCUCGUGUAGAAGGCGAAGGUGGUAUGGUUCCAUAUAGAAUGAAGUGCUACGAUUAGACAACGACAGAUAUGCACAUUAGACGUUGUUGCCUACUCGCCAUAUUUUCCGAAAUACCCUGACGCCUGUUGAUGCUGUUUUGCUAGCU